UCGUAAAAGCACAUUGAAGAAGAAAAGGGAAGUGAAGGAGGACGCUAAUAAAUUAGUGUUGUUAUUUGUUCGCUAUUAUGUAAAUAUUUAUGUCGUACAAGAGACAUAUUUAAUUAUUUAUUUCAGGUGCGCGAGAAUAUUUGCGUUGCUGAGCUAGUCAGUACUGUAAAGCUGAGAAGCGUCUCUUGCUAGUUAGCUUAGCUUGUUAGCUGCUGCGUAAAGUGUUGUGAUUGUGUGAACAUGUGAGUAUAAAGUGUUGUGAUCGUGUGAACAUGUGAGUGUAAAGUGUUGUGAUUGUGUGAACAUGUGAGUGUAAAGUGUUGUGAUUGUGUGAAAAUGUGCGAAAGAACGAUAGCAAAGUAUGAGGAGGAACUUUCUAGAACAAAAGAGGAGAACGAGAGACAACUACUGGAUGUUUAUUAUAAGAAACAUCAUCAAGUUGUGUUACACAAAACAGCGGUCCAACAGCCCCCCCACAUUAAAGAGGAAGAGGAUGAUCCACAUAUCCCCCACAUUAAAGCGGAAGAGGAGGGAGUGUGGGUCAGUCAGGAGGAAGAGUGUCUUCUAGGACAGGAGGAGGAUGAUCUCACCAAGUUUCCACUGACUGUUGUCUCUGUGAAGACUGAAGAGCAUGAAGACAAACCACCUGAGUCCUCACAGCUUCAUCACAGUCCAAACGUCUGUGAAGAACAUCUUCUCUCUGAGCAACAGGAGUGGAGCUUCAGGAUGGUGAAGGAGGAGCCACAGCCCUCUUACUUUAAAGAAGAAGACAAGGACCCACUCCACCCACACUUUAAAGAUGAAGAGGAGGUGCCAGAGACCCCACACUUUAUAAAGAAAGUGAAGGAUCCACUGACCCCGAACAUUAAACGGAACAAAGAGGAACCACUGACCCCCCACUUUAAAAAGGAAGAUGAGGCACCACUGACCUCCCACAUUAAAGAAGAGGAUGUGGAACACAACAUCAGUCAGGAGGGAGAUCAUAUUGAAGGACUGGUGGAGUACCCAGGGAUUGGUGUCCCUGUGAAGAGUGAAGAUGAUGAUGUCAAAAGUGAAGAGAAGAGAGAGGCGGAGCCUCCAAGCAGCAGCUCAACACAACACAUGACAACAGAAGCUGAUGGGGACCACUGUGGAGGAUCACAAGCAGACAAGCUCUUAGCUCCACUAUCAGAUAGCGAGGACACAACGUCACACUCUCCUGACACUGAUGAUGAAGACUCUAAAGAUGAUAAGACAUGUCACACUGACAACACUCACUUGAAAUGUUCUCACUGUGACACAACUUUUAAUGACCGUUGUGAUCUGAAAACACAUAUGAGCAGACACACUGGAGAAAAACCCUUUACCUGCUCAGUAUGUGGUAAAAGUUGUGGACUAAGUCAGAAUUUGAAAGUACACAUGAGAAUACACACCGGAGAAAAACCUUAUGUCUGUUCAAUCUGUAGUAAAAGUUUUGCACAAAGAAACCAUUUGGAAGUACACAAGAGAACACACACUGGCGAAAAACCCUUUUCCUGUUCAAUCUGUGGUAAAGGUUUUAGAGAAAGUCACAAUUUGAAAAGACACAUGAGAACACACACUGGCGAAAAGUCACAUUCCUGUUCAAUCUGCAACAGAAGCUUUUGUCAACGACCAAACCUUGUAAGACACAUGAGAACACACCCAGGAGAGAAAGUGUUGAGUUGCAGUGUGUGUGGUGAAAGAUUCUCUUAUAAGUACCAGUGUAAGAAACACAAGUGUGCUAGUGAGAAGAGCAGCAGCAAAUGAAACUGCAGGAUUUGAAAUAAACUCUCAAGACUUUAAUUUUGACUUUCUAACAACAUCAGCACAUAUAACAUGUGUGACAUUGUUGUUUGUGUAACAGUCUUUUUAAUAUGCUUGUUCUGUAUUGUUUGUUGAAUUUAUUGAUAAUAUAUGUAAAACCAGUGUUUAAGUUCACUUUGGAAUGCAACAGUGAGAUGCACUUCCUCCUUUAGACAGCAGGAAGCAGCAUUGUCUAGUUUACAGUAAUGUCCAUGUUAACAGUGCACA